AUGCACCGAGGUAUAGACGCUGAAUACGAUGUGGUCGGGCUUAACGCCCUUCAAGAGAUAUUCUUCACCCAGAUCUGCUCUACUGUCGAAACCUUCGGUAGCGCACAUAUAUUCGAUGAACAUGUGUUCGAUUCCUUUCACGGCGAUAUGUAUCCGGUUGAGAUUAAUUUGCUUGCUGAAGGUCUCCCUGAUGGCGGACGCAUAUUCUCUCUCCACGGUGUUCGAUAUUUCUUUCGAGUUCUCCCAGAAGCAUCGUUCGGGUGA